CAGCGCUGGGCGUUUGCCGUCGUAUUCAACCGGCAGCCGUGGUGGAGUCGGCAGCAAUAGUGUCCGUGCAGGAUUUGAUUGAAUAAAUUGUCCCGUCAAACUUUGUAUACGUGGUUUGAGGUCUCAAAUUAUGGCGGAGAAGUACAACCUGAAGAACCCUGCGGUGAAGCGUAUUCUACAGGAGGUAAAGGAGAUGCAAUCUAACCCUUCAGAUGAUUUCAUGAGCUUGCCGCUUGAGGAAAAUAUUUUUGAAUGGCAGUUUGCAAUAAGAGGGUCUUGUGAAACUGAAUUUGAGGGUGGUAUUUAUCAUGGACGGAUUCAGUUGCCCGCUGAAUAUCCAUUCAAACCUCCUUCAUUUAUGCUGUUGACACCUAAUGGUCGUUUUGAGACGCAAACCAAGAUUUGCUUAAGCAUAUCAAAUCAUCAUCCAGAACAUUGGCAACCAUCUUGGAGCGUAAGGACGGCUUUAGUUGCAUUGAUUGCAUUCAUGCCUACCAAUCCCAAUGGCGCAUUGGGCUCAUUGGAUUACAAGAAGGAAGAGAGGCGUGCAUUGGCAAUUAAAUCUCGUGAAGCGCCUCCAAGAUUUGGAACUCCUGAACGUCAAAAACUUAUUGAUGAGAUACAUGAGUAUAUGCUGAGCAAAGCACCUCCUGUUCCCCAACAUAGCCCAUCACAAGACCCUGAAGAACAACACCAUGAAAAUGGGGAAGAUGUGAGCCGGGUUAGUUCUCCAAAUCCAGAGAUGCCGGCCCGAGAGGGGCCUCAAAGUCGAACAGAAGUUGACCAAAUUGUUGAAGAAGAACCGGCAAAUGCAAAUCCUCAUCCUAUUGGUGUCGAAGCUUCAAGAGAAAUUCCAUCUAGUGUUUCAAACAACCAGCUGCCCCAAGAUUCAGAUAAAAGGGUUUCGAAUCCAAGGCCAGAAGCAAGGGUCCAGAAUGCUGAUGAUCGUUUGUUCACAUUGGCUGCAAUUGGACUUACAAUCGCAAUCGUGGUACUGUUGCUGAAGAAGUUCAUCAAAUCUGUUGAACAUGGUGCAGUUUUCAUGGAUGGAUCGUAGAUGUACUCGUUUGUGCUGGCUUCUGCGUUCCUCAAAAGUGAAAUAUUUGUAUAUCAUGAAUUUUUAGCUACCUUUUGAUGCUGUAACUAUAGUAAUAUAAAUGCACUAUACAGCUGUCAGCUACACCGGGUGCAAUUUUUUAGCGCGCUUAUUUCAUCCAUUAUUUUUGGAUAGUUCAUUGUCUACUUCCUGGACCAAGUGCAAAAGGUUUGUUAUAUACAACAUUGAAUCCCGCUUUGGCAAUAUAUUUGGCAAUUCUACCGUUGGCAAA